CCUCUGUCCGCUCGCCGCGGGCGGCCCGGGGGUGUGCGGGCGCCGGGGGCGCAGCGGCUCCGGGCGCUGCGGGGCUGCGGGCUGGGCGCCCCGGGGAGGCGGGCGCGUGGCCACCGGUGCCGGGGGCCCCAGCGGUCCGGGAUCGCGGAUCUCCCAGCCAGGAGCUUGGGGAUGGCGAAGUCACUGGCACUCGGGCAGAAGCCUCAGUUGCAGCAUCUGGUGGCUGUUAGACAUGAGUGAUGGUGCGAUCUGGAUGCCUGUUGGAAACGGGGCAGGAACAGUAACUCCCAGGAGAGACAGGAUGCAGGGAUGAUGCCUGCGGAGGCCCUGGCCUCCCUCCCACCUGGGUGCUAGGAGCCGUCCCCGGGCUCCAACCGGGAGCCCUGCCACCCAGGGGCAUGGCCAAACCUUUCUUCCGACUCCAGAAGUUUCUCCGCCGAACGCAGUUCCUGCUCUUCUUCCUGACGGCCGCCUACCUGAUGACCGGCAGCCUGCUGCUGCUGCAGCGGGCCCGCGUGGCCCUCCCGCCGGGUCCCCGGGCACCCGGCCCCCUGCAGGCCUUGCCCGUGGCCGCCGUAGCACUGGGUGUGGGCCUGCUGGACAGCAGGGCCCUGCACGACGCUCGUGUCAGCCCGGAGCUGCUGCUUGGCGUGGACGUCCUGCGGAGCCCCCUGGCCAGGCCCCGGCCCGGACCUCGCUGGCUCCGGAGCCGCAACACAGAGCUGCGCCAGCUGCGGCGCCACUGGUUCCACCACUUCAUGGGUGACCCCCAGGGGCCACCCGCCCUGGGCCCCGAGGCCCUCAGGCCAUCCGCCCGCAACCACGGCACGUAUGUCGGGUGUUUCAGUGAUGACGGCCAGGAGAGAACCCUGAAGGGGGCUGUGUUCUACGAUUUACGAAAGAUGACCAUCUCCCACUGUCAGGAUGCGUGUGCUGAGCGGUCCUACGUCUACGCCGGCUUGGAGGCCGGGGCCGAGUGCUACUGUGGGAACCGGCUCCCAGCCGUGAGCGUCGGGCUGGAGGAGUGCAGCCAGGAGUGCAAGGGGGAGAAGGGCUCAGUGUGUGGGGGUGUGGACCGGCUCUCCGUGUACCGCGUGGAGGAGCUGCAGCCGGGCUCCAGGAAGCGGAGAACCAUCACCUACCGCGGGUGCUUCAGGCUGCCAGAGAACAUCACUCAUGCCUUCCCUGACUCCCUGACACAGGCCAAUGUGACAGUGGAGACCUGCUCAGGAUUUUGUUCCCAGAAAGAGUUCCCCUUGGCUGUCCUCAGGGGCUGGGAGUGCUACUGUGCUUACCCCACCCCCCAGUUCAACCUGCGGGAUGCUGUGGAUGACUCUCUGUGUGGCCAGGAGCUGGAAACACAGAGGCUGGGGGAUUACUGCGAAGUCUACCAGACGCCUGUGCAAGACACUCGAUGCACAGACAGGAGGUUCCUGCCCACCAAAUCCAAAGUGUUUGUAGCUUUGUCAAGCUUCCCGGGAGCUGGGAACACGUGGGCGCGACACCUCAUCGAGCACGCCACUGGCUUCUAUACAGGGAGCUACUACUUUGACGGAACCCUCUACAACAAGGGGUUUAAGGGCGAAAAGGACCACUGGCGGAGCCGGCGCACCAUCUGUGUGAAGACCCACGAGAGUGGCAGGAGGGAGAUCGAGAUGUUUGACUCAGCCAUCCUGCUGAUCCGGAACCCCUACCGGUCUCUGAUGGCCGAAUUCAACAGGAAAUGUGCCGGGCACCUGGGCUACGCGGCUGAUCGCAACUGGAAGAGCAGAGAGUGGCCGGACUUUGUGCACAGCUAUGCAUCGUGGUGGUCUUCGCACGUCCUGGACUGGCUGAAGUACGGGAAGCGGCUGCUGGUGGUGCACUACGAGGAGCUGCGGCGCAGCCUGGUGCCCACUCUGCGGGAGAUGGUGGCCUUCCUCAACGUGUCGGUGAGCGAGGAGCGGCUGCUCUGCGUGGAGAACAACAAGGAGGGCAGCUUCCGGCGGCGUGGCCGGCGGCCCCACGACCCGGAGCCCUUCACCCCGGAGAUGAGGGACUUGAUCAACGGCUAUAUCCGGACAGUGGACAAGGCCCUGCGUGACCACAACUGGGCCGGGCUGCCCCGAGAGUACGUGCCCAGAUGAUAGGCCCAGCUCGCCCCUGCCGAGGCUGGUUCCACGGACGGCCGUGCCACGUGUGCUGUAGCAUGUGUGGGCCUGUGGCCUCAGAGACACAGGGUUGGAUGGGGCCAUGUGUGGCUGCUGCCUCACCCACAGGGAGGCAGCCCCAGCCCUUAGCACCACACGUGCACACACAGCCACCAGAUGGGCACAAACGGACAUGUGCCUAGGCAGACAUCCACGCAUCAUACAUACCAUGCCACGCUCACUGUGCCCCUAGCGGCACACUGGAGCCCCUCUGGUGGGGUGCACUGAGACACAGACCCACAAGCACAGUCACACGGAGACACACGCACACCCAAGCCGGGUUAUGUGUUUCUGGAGUCGUCUGUCUGCCUCACACAUAGUCCCGUGAUCCGGGUUCUCUGAGGCCCCACACUUCCUGUUUCCACUCCCAGCAUGGAUUUCAGGGUCCGCUGAAGGAAGCUCACCUCCCUGACUCUGGGGUGCUGGACUGGGUGGGAAUCAGUACUCUCAGCAGGGAUGGUGGGGGGCUGCUGACUGUUGCUGCUGGGCCGUGCCACCCUGACCACGUGUCUGACAUUCCAUAAAUGUGUGUGGCGUGACGGUGGGCUCGCCAGUUCUGCA